UAUCUGCUGGCGUCUUAAAACCAUCAGAAGCAAGAUGAGCAGAAAAGUACUAAAUCAGACUGAGGACAUGGCUAUUACUGUGAGGUUUCCCGGCUUGUAUAUCAUGCUGAUAAACACGGUAAUCAUCGGCAUCGGCGGCGCUCAUGAGUUCAGGUCACCAGAAAAACAUGUGGCGCUCUUCGUGUUCGGCGACUCACGUUUUGAUCCGGGAAACAACAACUACAUCAACACCGCCACCGAGUACCAAGCAAAUUUCUGGCCUUAUGGGGAAACAUUUUUCGGUUUUCCCACUGGAAGAUUCUCCGAUGGCCGCCUAAUUCCUGAUUUUAUAUGUGAGUAUGCAAAAUUACCAUUGAUUCCACCGUACUUAAAGCCUGGGGUUCACAACUAUGAAUAUGGGGUGAACUUUGCUUCUGGUGGGGCUGGUGCUCUUAUUGAAACUCAUCAAGGUUUUGUGGUUGACCUUCAAACUCAGCUGAGUUAUUUCAAGAAUGUGGUGAAGCAGUUAAGGAGCAAACUCGGUGACCAAGAAGCUAAAGAAUUGAUAUCUUCGGCUGUUUACUUCUUUAGUGUGGGAGGCAAUGAUUAUCUUUCCCCUUUCACGUCUGACUCUAGUUUCUUUGACAAGUAUUCUAAGAAGGAAUACGUUGGCAUAGUGCUUGGCAAUUUGACCCAAGUUAUUGAAGGAAUAUACAAAAUAGGAGGAAGGAAAUUUGGGUUCUUAAAUAUGACACCUUUGGGUUGUCUUCCGGCGGUUAAAAUUGUUCAACCGGGAAAUACUGGUUCUUGCGUUGAAGAACUUAAUUCACUGGCGAAACUGCACAACAGAGAACUUCCUAAAGUCCUCCAACUGAUUCAGAGGCAGCUCAAAGGUUUCAUCUAUUCAGAGCACGAUUUUUAUACUUCUUUUGGUGAAAUAUUGGAGAACCCAUUAAAAUAUGGUUUUAAGGAAGUGAACGUGGCAUGUUGUGGGACCGGUCCUUCCAGAGGAGUUUUUAGCUGCGGAGGGAAUAGAGAAGUGAAAGAGUUUGAAUUGUGUAAUAAUGCGAGUGAUUUCUUAUUUUUUGACUCUCUUCAUCCGACCGAGAAAGCCUACAAACAAGUUGCAGAACUCAUCUGGAGUGGUGAGUCUGAUAUCGGACACACAGAGCCUUUUAAUCUCAAAGCGUUAUUUGAACUUGAGAAAAGUCGUGUAGAUUUUGGCAUUAAAAAGACUACAAGUAAUCAACGAGCUAAUGCGUAUAUGAAGCUUCGAUCAAUAUUUUAGAAUUUGUCUAUUUAUUUCGUGCUUUGGUUUUUCUGAUUUCCAUAAAUAUUGUGUGUUUUUUUCUCCUAGUGCAAACGACAUGUAGCCUCUCUUCAAAGAAUAUUUGGCCAUAGAAUUAUUCUUGGACAGUUAGAAUUCUUACUUUGGGUUGAAAGAUUUUAAGUGUUUUUAAGAUUUGGGUAGUGAGAGAUUUUUGAUAGACUUUUGUAAUCUCUUUUAGUUAUAAAAGAAUUUCUUUACCGUUUAUAUU